AUGCCCUUCAGUGAUCCAGUGGUGCCCGAGGAAGCCGAGCAGAGAUCCCUCUACGACACGCUAAUUGAGAGUUCCUCCACCAUGCCCACCAUCCUUCAGCAGCUUGCAGACCAUGCACACUUGGAGGAAUCCGUCUGCUCCUUCUACUCCACUCUCGUGCUCACUGGAGUCUAUCAGGAAAUUCAUCCGAACCUGCCCCAUCUGCCCAACCUACGGGUUCCCAACUUCGUGGCCCAAGAUGUCGAGGAGGCUAUAAAAUACAUCCUCUUCCUGGAGGGUGAGCUCAAGGAGCCUGUCCAGGUGACGCGUUCCUGCCCCUACCUCGACGACGAGAAUGACUACCACGACUAG